CUCGUAUGAAAAUGGAGAACAUUCUGGACACUCCCAAUGAUCUGGAUUGGAUUGCAUGUUGGGAAACUUGAUGGCUGGGGCGCACUUCGGGUGAAGCGACCGCAGACAUGUGUAGCAGGGUUUCGAGUUUCCAUCAACCAACUCCUUGUGGCAUAUCCAGCAAUAUGGGUCAUGAAUGAGCUGCAAUAAUGAUCUUAACAGUCAGCACGAUAAUUAAAUAACAAAUGACGAGUCAUCUACCUCGCCCUCCAUUGCAUGUUUGCGCUUUUCUACCAAAGGCCCUUCAUCCAUUGGGUCGUCGUCGUCAUCAUCAAAUUUGCCGUCAUGGCUGCUGUUCGGACUUUCACUGACCUUUAGCCUCGGUCUCAAAGCUUUUGUCACGGGAGUGGUAGACCUGCAGGGAAAAAUUAAUUGAAUUUACUUGACCAGGAUAAAAAUAAGAACAAUAACCUUGAAGAUCUGGUGCGGUUGCGACUGCCCAAUUUGGAUGAGUCAUCCAAGUCAAGUGAGGCAACAGAGGCUGCUUGAGGGGUGGAGCAGCGACUUUCCGAAUCUGCCUUUUCAGGAGUGUCUGCAAUGUCGGACAUGGCUGGCCAGGCUGUAUUUCACCUGUUGGCAGGAUAAAUUUGAUAACUUUAUUGUACAAAAUUUCAAAAUUUUCUAAUAAAAAUGGUAAAUGUUGGCACAGCUGUUGCUAUGAAUUUCAGGUCAAAAAAACUCUAGAGCCAAUCUACACAAGCACAUAAAAGCCCAAUUUAUAUUUUUUGCAAGUGCGUAACAGCCCGCAUUGUGACACAGUUCCCCUCCCUCUCGUUGACCCACAACUUCCGCUUUGUGACGGCCUGACCUGGUUGCAAAACCUGAACAUGUGCAUAACACAGCAUCAAAACACCACGAUAACCCAGAGCCUAGAAAAAAUAGCGUGGAAAUUUCCAGUUCAGUCUGCAUCCAUUUCGUUUUGCAAGCCAUUCACCGACGCCCCUGACAAAUCUUGCGUUGAGCAGAGUGGUGUGUGUGUCUUGAAGCAGACAGGCCGCAGAGCAGCUCAGCUCCCCUUGUUUCCUCCUCCUCGCGAGGUGCCACCAUCCGCCGUCCUUAUUGAUUUUAUACCUGCGUAACAGGACGCUUUCGAUUAGAUUAUCGUGCAAAUACCUACCACUGAGUGAGUUGAUGAUUUCGGUGAGUGCGUUGACAGGAUUAACGUCCCUCAAACAUUAAAAAUUUGGCCUCAAAUGCGUCGGCAUGAGACUUCUUUUGCGCUCCGCUGCUGCUGGUCCGCCCGACUUCCCCCUCCACCACUUUUGGUGCUUGGCGGAGCAGCGGUGUUGCUGUUCUCUCGUUUGCCUGCUGCACCUCCCUGCCCCCCAGAUUUCUUCUCCUUCAAUCCUUCUAGCAACAAAACUAAAUUUUUACACGUUCAAGGACAAAUUUAUUAUGGAAGGCUCCAAAAUUUCGGUGGACGAAGAUGACUUAGAACCUGAAGAGCCAAAGGCUGAAGACUGCUGUGGUGAGGGAUGCAAUCCGUGUGUUUAUGAUAUCUACAGGAACCAACUCAAAAAAUAUCAAUCCCGGAAAAUCCAAGUCGAGACUAGCAUUUCUUUGGGUUUAUCCCAAACAGACUUCUUGCCGUUCCAGUUGAUCGAAAUCAAAGAUGAAUUAGAAGACACUGCGAUAUACAGAUUUCAGAGCAUCGAUCUAAUUGAACUCGGCAUUGGAAAGCACUUGGAAUUAAAGGUUCCACUUAUUGGUGAUAUUGUAGAUGACAAGCCUAACUUUGUUGAUCGGAAAUAUAGUCCCAUUGCAUGGACAAGCAACACUUUUGAUGUGAUUGUGAAGCGGUACGAAAACGGCCCAGCGUCAGAAUAUUUGGCAAGGUCCAAAGUAGGUGACACAAUGCAAUGGAGAGGCCCUUACGGAGACUUUCAGUACGAAAAAACGAGCCAGGAGGUACAACUGAUUUUAUGUGCGGGCACUGGAAUUGCCCCAAUGAUUCCAAUCAUCAGUUCCAUUUUGGAGAACGAACACGACGAGACUGUGCUUAAACUAUAUUGCGGCUGCCCAACUCUGAAAAGUAGGCUUCUUUUAAGCAAGCUUAAAGAAUUUGCUGCCUUUUGGAACUUCAGUUUUACUCAUUUUGUAACGUCUGACGAAGGAGAGCCAGAUUGGGGAGAAAAAGUAGUGAGAAGAAGAAUCGAAGAAAUUGACAUUCAAAAUGCAAUCGAAAAUGCAACUAAGUGCCGAGUGCUCAUUUGUGGUCCCGACUCAUUUUGUGACGACAUGAAAAAUUUUGUAACAAAAGUUGGUGCCAACUUUUAUUGCUUUUAAUAAACGUUGUAAACCUGA